UUUUUUUUCUGUGCUUUAUAGGCUCGUGUUGAUAAUUUUUGGAAUUGUUAUCCUCAUGAUGGUGAUAAAAGCCUUCAACAGACCUGAGGCAAAUUACAAUGUUAUUGAAGACUUUGAGGAGAAUUGGAAAACCUUGCCUCUUGUAGACAUCACUUCUUCGACCACUGAAUGCCCUCUAGGAUAUGACAACUUGAUUGAAAGGGAGUGGCCAGGAACCGUUGUUGGAUGAGAAUGUAAUGGAUACAAGCGGGAAUCAAACGUUAAUUCUCAAUUAGAAAGAAAUGUCUGCUCUGGAGAUCGAGAUAAACAAGGAUGAGUAGAUGUGUAUCCUGUUGAUAGUGCUCCUCUUGAUAAAUUCUAUUCAGCCAAAAUCUGUGGCUUGAGAGAAGGAUUAAACUUUGUAGAAACUAAAAGACCCAGAAAGAUUGCUGGAGAAACCAAAUGUCCAUUUGGCCAUAAACCAUGUGGAACUGGAGACAUCAACCAAAUCAUUUGUGUUAGAGAACAAGAAAGAUGUCCUAUUAAUGAUGUCCAAAUUCUUAUGAAUGGACAAGCUCCCAAACCUGGAUAUGAAGUUGUCCCAAUAGACUCUUCAUCUGGAGUGAUGCUCGCAUUCACAACAAAUUACACAGGACUGCCAGUGAUUAGAUUCAAACUAACAGAAGGACAGGUUUGUGCGAAUCCAGACACUGACAUGAUCACAGAGGGAAGAAUCCCUUAUAAGCUUCUUAACACAGAUAAUUAUCACUCAUGUAACCAGAAGGUGUCAGGCAGCUACUAUGACACCAGAUAUGACCUGAUUGGCUCAGUCAACGAAGAAAGAUUACUUAAAGACAAUGAACUGUAUCUUAUGUUGUCAAACAUGACUCAAUACCCAAUUGAGGAUUCAUCCAAAUACACAUGGAAUCUUUACUCGAACGAGUACAACUACUGGAAUGUUGAUUGAGAACAUCAUAAAGACAUUGACAGAGAAUCAAUGCUUUCUCUACUUGAUAGUUUGAUCAGUGUAAACAAGUUUCAUAUUGCCCUUUUAAUCAUUGGACUGUUUUAUACAUUUUUCUUCUUGGGAAUCAUCGAAAUCAUUUCACUUUUCACUAUAUGAGACAAAGAAUCUCGAAUAAAACGAUUUCAAGUUGUUGUCUUCAUCAUAACUAUGAUUGUUCUCACUACAAUGACUUAUCUCUUCUGGUUCUGUAUAUCAACAGUUAAUGAGGCUGAAGAGUCUAUAAGGCAAAUGACAGAGUCCAGUUGUUCCAGUGAUUACACAAAUAUGAUGUUAAAGAAUUAUGGCACCUCCUUCUUACAGAGCCAAGAACCUAAUCGUAUAGGCAUGGUCUUCUCGGUAGCUUCUUUAGUGACUACUGUGGGGUUCUUUGUGUUUGAAGCGUGAAGAAGAAGUGUGUAUCAGAGUUUCAGAGAAGUUAUUGCAUCUUAA